AAAGAUAUUGAUUUAAUAGUUCACUUAUGGUCUAACCAAUAAUAAUAAUUACGAAUAUAUGGCGUAUAAUAAACAAGUAUACGUAUAAAAUGCUUAGUCAACGUGGUCAACGCGUCAGUCAUGUCGAUGGUUCGUUGAGCUAAUUAACGGAGCGCGGGAGAGUGAGAAGCGCGAGAAAACGACGGAAGCUCCCGCCAUCAAUAGAGGAGACGAAGAAGUGCUUCUUCUUCCUCCCUCUCUCCCUCUCCCUUCCAAGAGAGAGAGAGGGGAAGGGAGGAGGAGCCGAAGGAGUGGAGCGAGGCAGCAGAUGGGGAACUGCUGCUCCGCCCAAUUAUCCAAAGCAGCCUUCCAAAAGUCCGGCGAUCUCCGUUGCCUCUCGGCCAUCUCCAUCUACGAGUAUGACAAAAACGGUGUCUACCACACCCGCUCGUCCAUCUCCUCCGAGUCCCGCCCUCCGAUCUCCGUCCUCGACGAGCCCAAGCCCCGCGGCGACCUCCUCCGGCGGUACCACCUGGGGGAGGAGCUCGGCCGCGGCGAGUUCGGUGUGACGCGGCGCUGCACGGACGCGGCCACGGGGGAGGCGCUCGCCUGCAAGUCUAUCGCGAAGCAGAGGCUUCGGAGCAGCGUCGACGUGGAGGACGUCCGGCGCGAGGUGCAGAUCAUGCGCGGCCUGCCGGAGCACCCCAACGUGGUCCGGCUGCGGGACGUGUUCGAGGACCACGAGGCCGUGCACCUCGUCAUGGAGAUCUGCGAGGGCGGCGAGCUCUUCGACCAGAUCGUGGCCAGAGGGCACUACACCGAGCGCGCCGCGGCCACCGUCAUGCGCACCAUCAUGGAGGUCGUUCAGCAUUGCCAUAUGAAUGGGGUAAUUCAUCGUGACUUGAAGCCGGAGAACUUCCUCUUUGCAGAUUCUUCAGAAACUUCUCCUCUGAAAGUUAUUGACUUUGGCCUCUCUGUAGACUUCAAGCCUGGUUCAGGUGAGAUCUUCAGUGAAAUUGUUGGAAGUCCAUACUACAUGGCCCCAGAAAUCUUGAAGAGAUACUAUGGACAAGAAGUGGACAUAUGGAGUGCUGGAGUUAUUCUCUACAUAUUACUUUGUGGAGUCCCUCCCUUUUGGGCAGAGACUGAUGAAGGAAUUGCAAAGGCAAUUAUUAGAUCAGUUAUUGAUUUUGAAAGGGAGCCAUGGCCUAAAAUAUCGGAGAAUGCAAAGGAUCUUGUGAGAUGCAUGCUCGAUCCCAAUCCCCAUACUCGGUUCACGGCUCAGAAAGUUCUUGAACACCCUUGGCUGCAGAAUACUAGUACAGUUCCCAACAUUCCACUUGGUGAAGCUGUCAGAUCAAGGCUUAAGCAGUAUUCAGUCAUGAACAAGUUUAAGAAGAAAGCCAUGCUGGUGGUCACUGAACACCUGCCUGUGGAAGAGAUAGCUGCCAUCAAGCAGAUGUUCCACACGAUGGAUACUGAGCAGAAUGGGACCUUGACAUUGGAGGCACUCAAGAAGGGCCUCGACUUAAUUGGUUACCGAAUCCAAGAUUUAGAUGUCCAGAUGUUGAUGGAAGCAGCAGAUAUUGAUGGAAAUGGUACAGUGAAUUGCGAGGAGUUCGUUACUGUCACUGUUCACCUGAAAAGGAUUGAUAGUGAGGAGCACCUUCCGAAAGCCUUCAACUAUUUCGACAAGAACCAGAGCGGAUACAUCGAGAUUGAUGAGCUGAGAGAAGCCAUAGGAGGACUUGAACUGAGUGAGCAAGUGAUCUUGGAUAUCAUCUCAGACAUCGACAAGGACAAGGAUGGCCGUAUAAGCUAUGAAGAAUUUGAGAUGAUGAUGAAGGCUGGAACAGAUUGGAGGAAUGGCUCACGACAGUACUCGCGAGCAAUGUUCAACAGCCUCAGUCACAAGAUGUUCAAAGAUGGAUCUUUGAAGGAACACACAUGAGGUCACCUGCAUGGAUCAUGAUAAGUAGAACUUGCCAAGUCUCUGACCAAUCUUUUGUCUUCUUCUUCUUCUUCUUCCCAUUUUGUCCAUUACCACACUUCGGAUGCUUACAGUAUCCUCAUAGAUUGAGCCUAGUGAAUUAACUCAUUUCUAAUGGAGAUGGCUUAUCGGAAACUGUACGACCGUGAGACCACAAGAAUCUUCUUUCUCACAUUCAUCUGUAAUUGAAAACAAAAUCAAAUAAAAUUCUGCUGCAAUGAGUGUCAGAAAUCUCUGUAAUUAUAGAUCUGUUCGACAUGUAUGUGUAAAUGAGGAGAUCAACACCAACUUUGGAUGAUAUUGAUAGAAGAUAAGAUUUUCCUAACUAUAUGAGGAAAUUUCUCUAUUCUGUUGAGGAAAAUCCUCUAUUCUGUUAGGGAAAUCCUCCCUCCUAAUUUGUAUAAAUAGGAGAGGGAACAUGUUAAUAUAUUCAAGCUAAAGCUAAAGUUUCUCUACUUCAAUAAAGCUUCAUUCAAUAUUUGUUCUUAUCUUCUAUUAUUUCUAUCAUGGUAUCAGAGCCGCUUGCCUAGAGCAAGCUCUUAUCUCGCUGUCAAUUCAUCAUUGGUGUUGCCACUCUACGCCAACGUCCGUUCCCUUCCGCUACGGCAUCUCUAGUGCUGCUCAUUAGCACUGCCCCACCUUUCUUCCUCGUUGUAGCUAUUUUCCUUCCUCUUCUGCUACAGCUUCCUCUUUUGCUACAGCUUUCUCCUCUGUUGCAGUUUCCUCCUUUGCUGUAGUAGCAUCACUGCAACAUUGCUGUAGAUUUCUUCUCUAACGUCGCAGCCGUCGUAAUCGCAACCACGACCAACGUCGUUGAGAAAAGCGAAGCUUCGCUCUUGCCUUCGGCCAGCGACCAACGUCGCUGAGAAAAGUGAAGCUUCAUCCUUCGGCCAGCGACCAACGUCGUUGCAUUCCUAAGAGGCUCCGUGGUCAAUCCUCAUCUUCCUCACCGCGGUAGUCUUCGCUGAUCUGUCAACAUUCGACAGACUUAAGGAGAAUGAAAGGAACGCCUGUGCCAUCACAGCAACAGCAAUCGUAACAACAGCAGCAGCGAUCUACACUUAUCUUACUCAUGAAGCCUCUCGCUUGUAAACAAUUCUUUGCAUCGAUCCAAGAUUGGUAUCCUUGUCAGGAGCACCAUCUUGCGGGGGCAUGAUAGAAGAUAAGAUUUUCCUAAUUAUAUGAGGAAAUUUCUCUAUUCUGUUGAGGAAAAUCCUCUAUUCUGUUAGGGAAAUCCUCAUACAAAUUAGGAGAGGGAACAUGUUAAUAGAUUCAAUCUAAAGCUAAAGUUUCUCUACUUCAAUAAAGCUUCAUUCAAUAUUUGUUCUUAUCUUCUAUUAUUUCUAUCAGAUAUCAUACGUCUGGAUUAUG